AACAGCCCGUGAACGCACCAGGCAGUGGUUCCGGCGUACCGAUGUCACGUGACAGGGGAGCUGCUGUGCUGCUGACUGGUGACAAAUCAACCGCUGCUGCUUCUCGCUGCUUCAACUGCUCACCAAGUUUUUGUUGACUUUCACCUUUUAUCCCUCCCCUCCCAAAUCACACACUCGACACCGAGAUGGACAACAGCGGCAAGGAGAAGGAAGCCACGGCACUGAUGGCCGAGGCGGAAAAGAAGUUAAAAUCCUCUCAGUCGUUUUUCGGAGCUCUUUUCGGGGGUUCCUCUAAGCAGGAAGAGGCCUGCGACAUGUACGUACGGGCCGCUAACAUGUUCAAGAUGGCCAAGAACUGGUGUGCCGCAGGAAACGCCUUCUCCCAGGCGGCCCGCCUCCACCUGCAGAUGCAGAGCAAACACGACGCAGCGAUGAACUUCAUCGAUGCAGGGAACGCCUUCAAGAAAGCAGAUCCACAAGAGGCCAUAAACUGUCUGAAUCGAGCUAUUGAGAUAUACACAGAUAUGGGCCGCUUCACCAUCGCGGCCAAACAUCACAUCACAAUCGCUGAGAUCUACGAGACAGAGAUGGUGGACAUCGAGAAGGCCAUUGCUCACUAUGAACAAGCAGCAGAUUAUUACAAAGGUGAAGAAUCCACCAGUUCAGCCAACAAGUGCCUUCUGAAGGUGGCCACCUACACCGCUCAGCUGGAGCAGUACCCCAAAGCCAUCGAGAUCUACGAGCAGGUGGGCACUCAUGCGAUGGACAGCACGCUGCUGAAGUACAGCGCCAAGGACCACUUCUUCAAGGCGGCUCUGUGCCACUUCUGUGUGGACAUGCUGAACGCCAAACUGGCUGUGGAGAAGUACGAAGAAAUGUUCCCGGCCUUUUCAGACUCUCGAGAGUGCAAACUGUUGAAGAAACUUCUAGACGCAUACGAAGAGCAGAACGUGGACGCCUACACUGACUCGGUGAAGGAGUACGACACCAUCUCACGACUGGACCAGUGGCUGACCACCAUGCUCCUGCGCAUCAAGAAGACCAUACAGGAGGAUGAGAGCGACCUGCGCUGAUUUCCCUCUACAUCGUGUUUUUUUUUUCUUCUUUAGUUGCCUCCAGUCUCUCGCUCCCAUCUUUCUGAACUUGAAUUAUUACUUAGCCCUUAUUUGCUCCCGUUCACACGGUCUGCAGUAUCUGACUCUCCUGGUGUGAACGCUAUCCUGAAAUCACGUCGUCAGUCGUCCCGCUCCGCAUCCUCUUUCCCCUUCUUAGAAAACGGACGAGAGACAAAAGACAGAAACGACGAAUGGUUACUGCCAUCGUCUUAAUAAUCCAACAGGACUUCGUCUCAGCUGCUGAGCUCCUCAGGACGCUAAAUCCCUCACAUUUGCAAAAAGGCCUUUUCUUUGCUUUUAUGCCGCAUAUUUGCAUGAGAGCCAUAAAGUAGCGCUUCUCCACUCUUUA